GAAAAGGCAGAUCAGAGCGAAGUCUUAGGCCAUCUAAACGUGGGACCCGGCACCGUUUCCUCCUCUAUCAAUCCAGCUAUCAAUUCACGAACCCUUCCUGUGUCACGUUGGCACUCUCUAUGCCAUACCACAGCCCCUUCCCUUCCUCCUCUCCCUUUCCCUAUCUUUGGCGUGAGGAUAUUAUUAAUACCCUCAUCUCCCUCUCUGCAACUUAUUUUUUAUUUUCACAUUUCCAAGAAUUUAAUUUCUUCUUAUUUAUAUAUAUGCUUCUCUACUCUUUCUCUCUUUCCAUUUUUAUAUGUUCAUAACAUACCAUGAUGACCUUUUGUAAGAAGAGCGUUCACUCUUUCUUAGGUCUCUCCACAAUUCCCAUGAAUCUUGAUGAUGAUAAUAAACAACCUUGUUCUUCCAAAUGCCUUGCUCUUUUAACUUCUGGCCUUGGCUUGACUACUGCCACUGCUGCUGAUUCUCAUAAAACUCCUAAUGUUCUUGAAUCUGCUUCUGUUGUCAAGUCUUCAUCAUCAUCAUCAUCCUCUCCUCCUCCUUCUCCUUUCAAGAAAGAUCCUGGUGGGUUUGGUUUCAUUGAUGAUGUUGGUGGUGGUGUUAAUGGAUUGAUGUCUUGCACUGAGAGUUUAGGAUUUGAGAGCUCCGAUGAAAGAAGGGUUGAUGACGAGAUUGAGUUGUGUUCCAGGAUGAAAUCCACCGCUAAUAAGGUUAAGUGGAGGAAGAUUGGUGAGAGAAGAGAGGUUAAGAAGUUUCCGCCACCGAUUUCUUCCUUGGACCAUAAUGGUCACCCUUGUUUCUUUCUCCGGCCGAUCAGAAAGGAUGGAAGACUCGAGUUGACGGAGGUUAGGAUUGAUAGGCCAGAGAUUUUACGUGCUUAUCGUGAACAUGGAAGGUUGAGGUUGCAUCUCGUUAGAGAUGAAGAUUCCGAUAUUAAUGAAGAGCUUCAAGUUCAAGAUCAAGAACAUGAAAAACAAGCAGAAAUAUUGGAGGAAGAAAAGAUUGAAGAGGAGGAGGUUGGAGAAGAAGAAGAAGAAGAAGAAGAGACAAGUGAGGAAUGGAGGUUUCCGGUGAAUGGAGAAGGGUUUAGGAGGUGUCAUGAGCUGGGGACACAGCAUCAUGAUUAUCACCACGGCCACCAUCAUAAUUUGCAUGUAUGGAGCCAGCACUGCGUGACAACUAGGUGAAGCUAAGUCCUAAGAUGGUCACGUGGGGUGUGAAAAAGAGACGAGAAUUAAAGAGUGUGUGCGUCUGUGUAUCUGCGUGUCCUUAAUUGAAGACGCCUACUGUUGUUCUUUGGUAGACAAUACAAAAUUAAUUUCUCAAGGGAGAGAAGGUUGAUGCGUCUCAACUAAAUUUGGAGGAGUGGAUUGGAUUGGUUCAAUGGGUUCGAAUCGAAUCUUGGGAUCCACAUCAAUUGAAAGAGCCUUGCGGGUAACACACACAGAUUUAUCAGUUAAAAUUUCCAAAUUUAGAAAUUUGAUACACAAUUUUUCUUAUUAUUUUUUAUCUUUGAAAGAAAAAAUUGGCAAAUGCCAAAUGCCAUAUCUAUGAUCAUCACCAUAACCAAAGUCUAGAAAUUUGAUGAGUUUAUGAAUUAUGGUCUCUUCCACCAAAGAACAAAAGAAGUGAUGAUAAUAAUAAUAAUAAAUUAUGUAUUUAUAAUGGAUAUUUUAGCACAAAGGUUAUGGUUUCCUGGUCUAUGUGGCCUGGUUGUAUUGGUUGGUUGAUGUAGCAAAAUUAAUGGUCAAUGGAUACGGAGACUUUGAAAUGUACACCAAUUAUUAAAUUAUUAUAUAUAGUGUUGACAAAUUUUUGUGCCUAAUGAUAUAAUAUGAUCACAUGAUCGACCUGCCUUGCAGAGAUGAUAUCAUAUCAUAUCAGCAGUCAGCUUAAAAAUGCAACAAAUUACUGCGAUCAAAAUAUCAAGUGUUAUAAGUUUUUCUGUUGCGAAGAGUGUGAACAUGAAGAAUACCUCAAGAUUUCAGGGUGUAAACUUCUAAUGGUGGUGAUAUGUUCAAAAGAAGUCUGCUAUAUCAGCCAAUAUUAAAAUUUUGCUGUGAAGGCUUCAGAAAACUAGGGCCCAGUUCAAGUCCGUAGGGGUGAGUAGUAAGGAGUCCAUAUCACACAUAUCAAUAUAAAGAAUUAAUAAGCAUAUCCAAUUGCAGAUUUUAGUCAUUUUGGGUAGCUUUUCUCCUUGUUGGCGUUUUGCUCUAUUCAGUUCCACGACACAUUUGGCAUGAAUGUCUUCCAACUUUAAAGAAAGUUAAUAUCUGAUUCAGUACUCGAACCACUAGCUGGUUCGAUUAAACAGAAGAACGACAUCCAAGUAAUAUCAAUUAAAGUAAACUCGAUUUUUGUUCCCUACAUUUAACAUUCAUAAUGUAAUCUGUCACGGGGGCGUAGCUCAUAUGGUAGAGCGCUCGCUUCGCAUGCGAGAGGCACGGGGUUCGAUUCCCCGCGUCUCCAAUUUCGCCUUUAAUGAAUUUGGGGCUUUUU